AUGUACAUUAUUAUUAGUAUAUUUUUAAUUUUUGCACCAAGUUUGAUAAUUGGUGAUGAUUUGGAGAUGCGAUGUUAUUCUGGGACCAAAUUUGUUGUUGGACAAGAUGUGUAUCAAGAUACAGGUUUGUAGUUUGUGGGAAUACUGAGAAAAAUUCGAAAAGCCGAAAAAAAGUAUGCUCCUAGAUUUCUAAGCCACCAAACCAUUAUUAUUUAUAGAAAACUGUGCACCAUUUUUCGGAAUUGGCGAAUCUUAUUGCUACAAAUUUUCUGAAGAAUCUCAACUAAAUGAAGUUGUCAAAUUAGGAUGUUCUGCUUUUGUAUGUAAUGUAAGUUUUUUUCUGGAACGAGAAAAAAAACUCGAACAAAAAUAAAAAAAACAAAAUAAAUACUGUAGUUUUUUCAAAGGCGCACAACAAACUACACAAGGGUCUUGAAGCGCACGCGUCCUUUUUAUUUCAAAAAAUUUUUAUUUCAGGGAAUUAGAAAUCGAUGUAUGGAAACGGAUAUGUUGGGAAUGAAAGGAACACUUUGUUGCUGCAAUAGUCGACAUUACUGUAACUCUUCCAACAAUUUUUCGAAUUUGCCUUUCAUUUUUAUUAUUUUCAUUGCAUUAUCAUCAAUUUUAUUGUGA